UGGUACUCGAAGACAUGCUAUGAGUGUCAACUAAAGUCCACAGAAUAUAUAUGCUUAUCUCCAAAGAUCUUUAUGCCUGCAGACCUGUUUCAGAAGUGCCAUAUUGACACCAUGCACCUACUAAAGGCUUUUAGAUAUCAAUACAUUAUUCAAGAGAGGUCACCCCAUCUUACUAUUUUAAUUUUAACCAUCAAUUACUACCAUUCCAAUCAUCUUUUUACACUUUCAAGUCAAAAUCUUGUAGCUACAUUUUUUCUCCACUACCAACAUCUG